AUGGGCGUCGAUCAGGAAACGCUUGACUCUUGUUCCGAUCACCAGGCAAGAUACAUCGUGAUAAAUAACAAUCUGAACCUCCUCGAUUCCAUUUCUAACAUUCAGGAUCAACGUGAUUUCGAGUUCAUUGCCUAUAAGAAUAUUCCGCCUACCAUGACUUCCACCAAAGUUGAAACACCGGCUGCCGAGAGCCAAGAGCCACAAUACAACAACGUCGACCUGGUGCAUUUUGAGCCUCGUCACUACGGCGACUGGCGUGAUGAGUUUCACCAAAAUGGAUGCGUCGUGAUCAAGAAUGUCAUCAGCUCCGAGCGUGCAGAGUACUAUCGCGACAAGCAAAUCCAGUGGUUGAAGAACUUCGAGCUGGGAUUCGAUGAGAAUGAUGAGAGCACCUGGACAGCGGAGCAUUUGCCAGUGAGCUUCAAGGGAGGGAUGUACUUUGCUUAUGCGGCGCCACAUGAAAAGAUGGCCUGGGAGGCGCGCACUGAGCGUGCCAUUGUGGAGAUUUUCGAAAAGCUUUGGGAGACCAAGGAGUUGAUCUCUUCUUUUGACGGAAUGAACAUUUCUAUGCCCCGACGCAAAGAUUUGAACUGGAGCCCUUGGCCCCACUGCGAUCAGAACCAGAACCGCAAAGGAAUGCAAGCCGUGCAGGGUCUCCUCAACUAUGCACCCAACGGACCCAACGAUGGCGGUCUCAUGCUGAUGAAAGGCUCAUCAAAGCUUUUCGAUGAAUUCUUCAAGCACAAGCGCGAGUCAUUUGACCACGAAGACGCCCCUCCCCCUGAGAUCAAGUACAUGGACCUAUUCUUGUUCAGCGAGAAAGACGUCAACUGGUUCAAAGAGCAGGGAUGUGAGUUGAUCAAGGUGAACAUGGAACCAGGCGACUUUGUGCUCUGGGACUCGCGCACUAUGCACUAUGCUUGUUUGCCAGAGGGAGAUCAAAUUCGACAUGUUCAGUAUAUCUGCAUGACGCCACGCCGCUUUGCUACGCCCGAGGCGUUGGAGUUGAAGAAGCAAUGCUUCGAGAACUUUGUGGGGACUACUCACUGGCCGCACUGCAAUAUUCGUCCCAUUAAGGAGAAGCCUAUGCGUAAUGGCGAGGUCUGUCCGAAAGAUCGGAGCGAGCCAUUCGAGAAACCCGAAUUGACAGAUACAGUUUUGAGAUUGGCAGGGGUUAAGGAGUACUAG